AUGGCCUGGCUGUCGUCCCCGCAGUUUGAUUCGCUGUUGUCCUUGGCUGAACCAGGCCACUACCCCGAGGGAGCCGGAGCUACCCUUCCGUUGCUUUCUGUUCCCAGCCAUGUGUCGCGUCCCAACGACAAGCUAUGCAGCGUCUGCGAAGGCCUCCACCUCAACCCCAGACGCUUCGUCGUCCUACCUGGUGACAAGGAAGGGAACAAGCCGAUCAAGCGAGACAUCCACCUCGGCAACGUGGAGGAUAUGAAGAAUAAGGUGGACUGCCCGCUGUGCCGCCUAGUCCUGGUGGCUUUGGGCGGAGACGAGGUCCCGACACACGAAGAUAACGAGCCGAUCAAGGUCGACAUGGGCUGGAAUACCAAAGGCCCAUCCCCAGAUCCCAGAGCGCCGUGGAACUACCGACCCGAAGUUCGGGUCCUGAGCCCGUACGUACGCAAGCUGAGCGGGGGCCCCGUAUCCAAGAGACUCAACCUCUUCCCUGAAAUCACCCUCCUAGCCAACGACUCGCCGACGAAGUCCAUGGCGUACUUCAUACGCCCUAUCCGCCAGGACAUGAUCGACUUUGCCCUGGUGCGGAGAUGGCUGGCUCUCUGCCAUACGCACCACGGCGAGGGCUGCCGUAGGAACCCUAUCCUAAAGGAGCUGAACAGAUCCCAUCCCGCCAAGGAAGUGCCCGACUUCCGGUGCAUCGACGUAGAACAAGACUGCUUGGCUACGUUGCCGGUCGGAUGCCGCUAUGUGGCGUUGAGCUACGUCUGGGGCCGGCAAAAGUUCUUUUCAACAGUCACAUCAAAUGUCAAGUCCCUCCAAGAGCCCCACGCUCUCAAAAAGCCUGAGUAUCUGGUCCAGAUACCGCCCACCGUCAAGGACGCCAUGCAAGUUACGAAGAAUAUCGGCAUGAGAUACCUAUGGGUUGACACCCUGUGCAUCGUCCAGGAUGACUUGGAGAAAAAGCCGGUAACAAUCAAGAAGAUGGACCUGAUCUACGGCGCGGCAGACUUGGUGAUAGUCGCCGCAGGCAGCGAGAAUGCAUAUUCCGGGAUCGCCGGAGUUCUUCCCGGCUCCCGAACGUCACGACAGCCGAUCGAAGAGAUGGCACCAGAUUUUCGACUGGCGUAUAGAUCCAGAUAUGCAGACUCCAUGCAAGCUGUGCCGUACUCCUCCCGCGGCUGGACAUUCCAGGAGACGGACUUUGCCCUACGAUCUCUCGUCUUCGUUGACGGCAAGGUCGCCUUUCGCUGUCAGGGCAACGACGCGUGGGAGGAGCACGUAUUCGAACCUCCGCACGAGAUCAGGGGACAAGGGGGUCACGGCCGCGGAUCCGAUGUCGACGAUGUCGGACAAUACGAAGGCCUUAUUCAGGGCUAUUCGAAGCGCGUGCUGUCGUACGAGGCGGACGUAUACAACGCCUUCGCCGGCGUAGCGCGGAAAAUGAUGUGCCAGCUUGAUAGCGACCUCUGUCAUGGAAUCCCGACCGUCUACUUCGAUUGGUUCCUCCUUUGGGGCCCCCUUUCCGAUCAGAUCCGGCGACUCUCCGAUCAGGUCCAGCCGCUCUCGGAGGAACCCAGGCUACCCAUCGGCCCAAGCUGGUCUUGGUCCGGCUGGGUCGGCUGCUCGUGGCCGCGUUUGUGGGAUUGGUACAAUAGGAGCAUCGCGCGUGUUAAGAAAGCGAUCCGGAAGCGGACCUGGAUUAUCUGGUACCAGCGGGAGCGAUACGAGUCGACGGACUGUAAGCGCCUCGUGAGGCACAACGACGUCAACGACAGCGUCGGUUCUAGUUUCAAGGCCAACCGAAACUUCUACGGUUCACGGCCUCAACGGCGUUUUGACGGCUUGGACUGCUCACGGGUCGAGCCCACCAAGCUGGUGCUGGCGGAUAUCAACCCCCCGACCUACGUGGAUGACACUCUCAGUAAUCACAGCGGCUCGGGCUUCCUCCAGUUCUGGACCGUAUCGCUCACCCUGCGACUCGCUGAGCCGGUCAGCCCUGACACAUAUAGAGGGCCGGUGCAUCGGCGCAAGCGGCUGGGCAUAUUUGGCCGCAGCGGACGGGAACUCGGCACCAUCACGGUCCAGCCGCCCUGGUUGGAGGACAACCCGGUUCCAGAGGACAGAGAAUUCAUCCUCCUUUGCGAGGGGAGGGAUGAGCGAGCAGAGAAUGGCAGGCUUGACGACGACGAGGGGUGGAGGUAUAUGGCCAUGUUGAUCGAGUGGCGGGACAAGGAGGGUGGGAAGACUGCGAUGGGGUCGAUUGUCUGCGAUAACAAGCCGAGUAUGUAUGCUGAGCGGGUCUCUAUCGGGUCCAUUGGGAAGAUGGACUUGAAGGAGGCACUUGGGGAUGGCCCGGUUUGGAAGGAGAUUAUUCUCGGCUAA